UAAUCACGUUAAUCCAUGACAGCUGUCCCGGGUUAAACUGUGACGGACGUUUCCGGACCUGAUAAUCGAGCUGGGAGUAGAAGUGGGAUUUAUGGAUUGAGUCAUGAGGAAGUUUGGGGUUGAUAUUGGAGGGGCGGUCAGCAAUUGGAGGUCUAUGGAGUCUGAUGGGAAGUCUGUGGGAUGAGUGUUGGGUACAUGUAGAGGUCAGUAACAAGGAGAGCUGUCUGAUCUGUGGGUCAGGGAUGGCAGGUCUGUGCGCUGUUGGAGUAUUCAUAUGACCAGUGAUUUGUGAACCUAUAUGGCUAGUCUUGUGUUGGGGGUUUGUUGGAAGUGCUCUUUGGGAUUUGUGAUUUCUGCCCCUGCUUGAUUCAGUGAUUUGUAGGAGUCAUUAAUUCAGCCAGUGGCUGAUAAAGGUCCGUCCUGGUUUAGUGAGAAAACUUUACAAUUUAUGUAAAGUCCGAGGUGGCCCCCACCUUGAAGCCCCUCCUCAGAUGUUUCCUCAAAUCACCAUCUCCCUCCAUCGCUCAAAAGCUCACAGAAGAAAACAUCCUUUGAAUGUUCAUUUUGACAAAGCCUGGGAUAACCCCAUAUGAAACAGUCUACCUAUCAUGGGAGCACUCACUUCCUGUGAAUGAGUACAGCCUUCUCUGGAUGAUCCAUCCUGGGACUGAGAAGAAUUCACCAGAUGGUAAAUGGCCCCUGGAGACUUAGUCUGUCUCUCAGUCCUGAUUCUUCAGACCUCUGCUCUUUUGGAAGAGAAGCAGAAAAUGACCAAGUCUCACGCAUGACAUAGAACUGGGCACAUAGUUUUGCAUGCUGUGGUAAAAAUGGGAAUGAUCACUUCAGAUUGAACAGGAGCAUGCUAUUAUAGGGUCCAUUGUCAUUUGAGGAUGUGGCUGUAGCUUUCACUAAGGAGGAGUGGCAGCAGCUGGACCCUGCUCAGAGGACCCUGUAUAGAGAUGUGAUGCUGGAGAACUUCAGCCACGUGAUCUCAUUGGGGCAUCCAGUUUCCAAACCAGAUGUCAUCUCCAAGUUGGAGCAAGGAGAAGAGCCAUGGAUAAUAAAGAGAGAUGUAUCAGAUUGGAACUAUCCAGAGAGGGAGACUAGACUUGACAACCCUCAAUUGGAUAUACCUGGAGAUGUUUCCUUCCAUAAGGAGGUAUUGGAAAGUGUAACAAGGGAUCCUUCACUAUACUCCAUUUUUAAGGUCUGGCAGGGUGAUGACCAGAUGGAGAGACAUCAGGAAAAUAAAGACAGACUUCUCAGGCAACUCAUGGUCAUCAAAAACAAAACAGUUGUUGAAGAAUCAGGUUAUACAUAUAAGUCAUCAGGAAAAAUAUUUCAUGACUGCAUAGACCUAGAUGCUUCAGGACAAAGAUUGUAUGAAUGUGACUCAUUUGAAAAGAGCUUGAUACCUAAUAUAAACUUAUUCAGUUGUAAUAGGGGUUAUGUAAGAAAAAACACUGUUGAGAAUUUUAGAUGUAGGAGUACACCUAUUUCUUCCUAUUCUAAGCAUGAAAAAAUUCAUAAUGGAGUGAAACACUGUGAAGAUAGUCAAUGUGGAAAGAUUAUCAGCAAUAAACAGUGUCUUUUUCAAUAUGUGAAUGUUGAAACUGGAGAGAAGACCUGUAUAUGCAUUGAAUGUGGAAAAUCUUUUCUAAAAAAGUCACAACUCAUUAUACAUCAAAGAAUUCAUACUGGAGAGAAACCGUAUGAUUGUGGUGCAUGUGGGAAAGCCUUCAGUGAAAAGUCACAUCUCAUUGUACAUCAGAGAACUCAUACUGGGGAAAAACCUUAUGAGUGUUCUGAAUGUGGAAAAGCUUUCUCUCAGAAAUCAUCCCUCAUUAUACAUCAGAGAGUUCAUUCUGGGGAAAAACCAUAUGAAUGUGGUGACUGUGGGAAAGCCUUCUCCCAGAAAUCACCCCUCAUUAUACAUCAGAGAAUACAUACUGGUGAAAAACCUUAUGAAUGUAAUCAGUGUGGGAAGGCGUUCUCCCAGAAGUCACAGCUGAUCAUACAUCAUAGAGCUCAUACUGGAGAGAAACCAUAUGAAUGUACUGAAUGUGGGAAAGCCUUCUGUGAGAAGUCCCACCUCAUUAUACAUAAAAGAAUUCACACUGGGGAGAAACCCUAUAGAUGCACUCAGUGUGAGGAAGCCUUCAGCAGAAAGUCAGAACUCAUUAUACAUCAGAUAAUUCAUACUGGGGAGAAACCUUAUGAAUGUACUGAAUGUGGGAAGACCUUCUCCCGGAAGUCACAGCUCAUCAUACAUCAGAGAACACAUACUGGAGAAAAACCAUAUAAAUGCAGUGAAUGUGGAAAAGCUUUCUGUCAGCAGUCACAUCUCAUUGGACAUCAGAGAAUUCACACAGGAGAAAAACCUUAUGUGUGCAGUGAAUGCGGGAAAGCCUUCUCUCAGAAGUCUCACCUCCCAGGGCAUCAGCGAAUUCAUACAGGAGAAAAACCUUACAUAUGUGCUGAAUGUGGAAAGGCGUUUUCCCAGAAGUCAGACCUUGUUGUACAUCGGAGAAUUCAUACUGGGGAGAAGCCCUAUCAGUGUGCUAUGUGUGGGAAAGCCUUCAUCCAGAAGUCACAACUCACUGUACAUCAAAGAAUUCAUACAGUGGCAAAAUCGUAAGAAUGGACUAAGCACAGGAAAGUCUUCAGUAUCUGCUUAAGCCUUAAUAAAUACCACAAACUUACAGAUUUCAUGAGUUUGGGGGCAUCUUUACUGGUAAAAUUUAAGAAAUGAAAUAAAGUUUCUAAUAUGUUUAUUUUUUAUCAAAGAUAAUACAAACAUCUCAGUUAUAUAAAUAAUGGGUAUUUUCACUAUGGCACGUAAAUAAGACUUUUGAGAUUGUGAACUGAAUUAAUUACAAGUUAUAUAGUCUAUUUUGAAGUUACAUAUUUGUGAUUAUGUUACAUAAUAAGAAUUGGACCAGUAGUAAUAUUAUUAAUGUUAGCUUAGCAUAAUUAUGGCUGUGAAAUAAAUCCCCAUAGAGCACAUGAAGAAAACUUGAGUCAAAAGAUGCCACAACCUAGAAACUGUGCUUGAGGGAAGGAUUUGAUUGUUCCUGUAAAGGUACAUGUAAAAAAAUAUGUAUGUUGUUGUAGAUAGAUGGAAAGAUGGAUUGAUAAGGUCCAAUAAAUGUGGUCUUUUGGUUUU